AUGGUCCGUGUUCUGAUAACAGGGUCUACAGAUGGCUUUGGACUUGAGACUGCCCGUCAACUAGUUCAACGCAACCACACCGUCUACCUGCACGCGCGGAACCACCAGCGCGCAGCGGAUGCCAAGGCACAAUGUCCCGGAGCUGCCGGCGUCCUAGUCGCAGACCUGACAAGCCUUGCAGAGGCGCGCAGGUUGGCCGAGGAAGCAAACGCAAUUGGGACUUUCGACUCCAUCAUCCUCAACGCCGGACUGCUCUACGGGCCAUUCCGCAGGACGCCGGAUACCGGCGUGCCAGCUAUGGUUUUCGUCAACGUUCUUGCGCCGUAUAUUCUCUCCUGUCUCCUGACUCCCCCUAAGCGUCUUACGUUCAUUGCGUCCGUCCUGCACAGAGAAGCCAACACGGACGUCAAGGAUAUCUUCUGGCUCGAGCGGGGCGAAGCGGAGUUCAAGGAUUUCCCGGCAUACUGUGAUUCAAAGCUCCAUGUCAUGCUCCUAGCUAAUGCGGUGGCGAGGCGGUUCCACAAAACCUCUGUCACGGCAGUGCAUCCUGGAUGGGUUCCGACCAAGAUUGGAACGUCUAGUGCGACCGACAAGCUGGAGGAUGGGGUUGAGACCUAUGUCAUGCUGGCUGAGGGUGAUUACGAUCAAAGCCAAACGGGCGUUUAUUUUGACCCGAAGCGGGAGGUUGGGGUGCCUCUUGCUUUGACGGCGGAUGAGCAUCUGCAAGAAGUUGUCGUCCAAGCUUGCGAGAAUGUCACUGGUAUCAAGUUAGUAGCAUGA